AAAGUGAAGUUGACAGCCAAAUAUCAUACACACACACACACACACAUACCCACAACGAGCUAGCGCUCGUGGUAACAUUGUAAUAAACAGUAUCAUUCGAUUUUUAGUCGCAUUUCAUCACACACAAAAAUCGAAAACAAUCCAUUGAAAAUGUUGAAGAAAAGCUUAUCGACGGGUCAAUUGAAUCUUGUGCGACAAUGUUCGAGUAAUAAAUUGGAUAAAAUUCGCGAGCGACUGGCAAAUGGUCCAAAAUUUCAGGAAUUCGUACAGGAUCCGGAUAAUAUUCACAAGGAUUGGGACUAUGAAGGGAAAUUGAAGCGUGAAAAAGGCGAUGAUAAGCGGUUGAGAUUGCCACCAUGGCUGAAAAAAGAGAUUCCAAUCGGUGCAAAUUUUAAUAAAAUCAAAUCACAAUUACGUGACCUUAAGUUGGCCACUGUUUGCGAGGAGGCUCGAUGCCCAAACAUCGGCGAAUGCUGGGGCGGAGGCGAACAUGGUACACAAACUGCCACAAUUAUGUUGAUGGGCGACACAUGCACACGAGGCUGUCGAUUUUGUUCGGUGAAAACAGCACGAGAGCCACCACCACUCGAUCCAAAUGAACCAACGAACACUGCAUCAGCAAUUGCAUCCUGGGGCCUUGACUACAUUGUACUCACAUCAGUUGAUCGUGAUGAUUUACCCGAUGGUGGAGCAAAUCACAUCGCCGAGUGUAUCAAAGAAAUUAAACGACAAAAUCCUCGAAUCUUCGUGGAGUGUUUAUCGCCCGAUUUCCGUGGUGACAUCGAUUCCAUCCGGUUGAUAGCUGAGUCUGGUGUGGAUGUGUUUGCGCACAAUAUUGAAACGGUUGAAAAAUUAACGCCUUUCGUUCGAGAUCGACGAGCAGCAUAUCGUCAAACGCUCAAUGUGCUACGCGAAGCGAAAACUAUCAAUCCAACAUUAGUAACAAAAUCGUCGAUAAUGUUGGGCUUAGGUGAAACAGAUGAAGAAAUUGAGCAAACCAUGAAAGAUCUGCGUAGUGUUGGUGUGGACUGUUUGACAUUGGGCCAGUAUAUGCAACCAACGACACGACAUCUCAAAGUAAUUGAAUACGUUGAACCAAGCAAAUUCAAGCAUUGGGAAUUGAAAGGCAAUGAACUUGGAUUCCUAUACACCGCCAGCGGUCCACUCGUUCGUAGCUCGUACAAAGCAGGCGAAUUUUUCAUCACAAGCAUUCUACGCAAUAGACAAAAAUACCAAAUAGACCAAAGCAACGAUACUAAACAGUAGCAAAAUGUUAUGUAAAGAAUUGUGUAUAUUUGUGUUGAAAUAAAAAUGGAAUUAAAAACUAUUGUUCAGAAAAAAAA